AUGAUACCCAAUUACGAUCCUGAGAAUGGAUGUGACUUCGACCAUUCUGGUACCACACACAUCCUACUUUUCGAUUGUUUUAUGUGUACCCCUAGUGGCAACAACAAAGCUGGCAUAAACAGCCCGAUUAUUGUGCGUUUUAAGGACAGGCUGGAAAACACACACAGGGAAAGGCAGGCAGGAAAGAUUGACGUGCACAUAUUCAAGGCAACUAAUCAACCUACGACUGACGAGCAGGGAAAGGAGGGAACAAAGCUUAAUAUACAGUCAUUCAGCAAGACCCUCAUGAAAUUAGCCAAUAGCCUGCCAGUGAGGGAGCAGAAGAAGGUUCUUGAUGCAUGUAGCCAGCAAGUAGUCGAAGCUUACAGAAAGCUCACCGAAGCAUAUGUAUGUGAUGAAAAUAAGAAGGUUAGGGACUACAUCCUGAUGUUUGGCGACGGAUCUGGCGCUUGGGCUGCUAACAAAUGUGCAAAAACCAUAGAAAGGGUUGGAGUAUUGAAGUACUGGAAUCCUUAUGUUGUUAAAGAAGCAUUUAUACUUAGUAAGAAGUCCAAUCCUGAUUGCAAAGAACUCUGUAACUUUAGGCUAUUCCGGGCAAACUAUGCUCGAGUGGAAGUACUAGGCCUGUGGUACAAUGCCA